GCUUUAAGAUCAUCAACACAGAAACAAGUUCUUGCAAUUGUGACUCAGUUAUCAUCCUUCUUUAAGGCAUUAUGUUCCAAAGUUCUAGAUCCCAAGGAGCUUGAUCAAUUGGAGUCUAAUGUUGCACUAACACUGUGCCAUAUGGAGAAGAUCUUUCCUCCUGGGUUUUUUACUAUUAUGGUUCAUCUACUCAUUCACUUAGCGGCGGAAGCUAAACUUGGUGGACCGGUUCACUACCGAUGGAUGUAUCCUAUUGAGAGGUAUCUUGUGCGCUUAAAGGAAUAUGUACGCAAUCGAGCCUAUCCCGAGGGAUCGAUUGCGGAGGGAUAUAUUGCUGAUGAGUGUUUGACAUUCUGCUCGAGAUACCUUGAAGGAGUUGAAACUGCUUUUAAUCGACCACAAAGGAAUUACGAUAUUAUACAUAAUGCAGAGGAGUACAAGUUCUCAUCUGGUGGAAGAUUUGUGGGGAAAGCUGAAAGUACUGUAAUUCAUCAUAAAUUAUUGGCACAGGCACAUCGUUAUGUCUUACUUCACAGUGACUUAAUAUCCGAGUAUCGCAGAGAUUUUUUAGUGGCUCAGCGAAGCGCCAACAAUAACAUUCAUCCUACCCCAAGGAUUGAGCAAAGAUGGUUGGUUGAGUUAUUUCCUGAAUGGUUAUUAAAACAGGUUAGACGUUGAAUCCUAUUAGGUCUUUUAUUAUAUUCUACGAUCGGAACUUUGUAAAAUUAAUUAUUAUCUGACUUAAAUUUUUUAGGUACCGACCAUGAUGGAGAGACAUUGUUCC